AUGUUUGGAGUAAAUGUGACACACGUGAUUGGACACACUACUAACUGCAAAAAAUUUGACAAGAGCGGUUUUUGUCUGGAGUCUACUAAUAAUAGUGUUUAUAUCUCUGGUAUUCGGUAUAACAGAUUGUAUGGGAUAAUAAUCUGCGCCGUGAAGGAUCUUAGGAAACAACAUAUUCCGUAUGUGAUGGGUGUACCGUAUGCUCGGAAACCAAAAGCAAGCAAGAUCCUUAUAAAGCACAACAAGCUGGGCAUGACCAAUUACAUAGCGUUUGUUGCUGCAUGUUGUCUAACGGGUAUUGCUGGCGUCUAUUUUUAUAUCAGUAAAAGAAAGAAACAUGCGUUUGACUUGGAGAAGCUGGACAGUAAAAGGGAAGUUUCGUAUUUUGAUAUUGCAGAGAGAAUAGGUGACAUUUGGGAAAUUGAACGCCAUAAUUUAAUAAUUUACAACGAAGUAGAACUCGGUUCUGGCGCAUUUGGAACAGUUUUUCUAGGAAAGCUCCUUGGCAGAUUCCCUUCCAGGGAAGAUGCAACAUCACAAUUGCGUGCUAACUUGGUAAAAGCAGCGGAUCAUCAGUAUCGAAUUUUUGGUCUGGAAUUUUUUCAAAGUAGAAAAGCUGCGGACUUGUUGAAAAAAAGCAGCGAUUUAUGCGAUUUUAUUUCAAAAGUUGGAGUUGCUCAGGUUGCUGUAAAGAUGCUGCCGGAUCUCGCCAAUAGCUUGUUCAGAGGAGAAUUUUUGAGAGAAAUCGGACUGAUGAAGACACUUGGUUAUCAUGAGAGGUUACUAAUAUCUUAA